GCGCGCGAGCCACAUUAGGAGAGGCGUUCGGAGCGUGAGGUCGUGCUGCUCGCUGCCUGUUUCGCUUCCCCUCAGCCGGCCCUGGGGCUGGAUGCGGCCGGGCCUCUUCCUCCGCGACCAUGUUCGACAAGACGCGGCUGCCUUAUGUGGCGCUGGAUGUUAUCUGCGUGAUCCUGGCUGGCUUACCCCUUGCUGUUCUAAACUUGGCAAAAAUAAAGCCGUAUCAGAGGGGCUUUUUCUGUAAUGAUGACAGCAUCAAGUAUCCGUUCCAUGACAGUACCAUCACAUCCAGUGUCCUCUACGUAGUGGGCUUCACUCUGCCCAUUUGCUCUAUGAUCCUAGGAGAGGCCCUUUCAGUGUAUUACAACCGUUUGCACUCCAAUUCAUUUGUGCGAAACAACUAUAUCGCUGCUAUAUACAAAGCCAUUGGGACAUUCAUUUUUGGCGCAGCAGUCAGCCAGUCUCUGACAGACAUUGCCAAAUAUUCUAUAGGCAGACUGAGACCUCAUUUUCUGGACAUAUGUAAACCAGAUUGGUCACAAAUCAACUGCAGUGCAGGUUACAUCGAAAACUUCAAAUGCCUUGGAGACAAAACAAAGGUUAAUGAGGGAAGGCUGUCAUUUUAUUCUGGGCACUCUUCGUUCUCCAUGUAUUGCAUGCUGUUCCUAGCACUUUAUCUUCAAGCCCGAAUGAAAGGUGACUGGGCAAGACUUCUGCGCCCCACAGUACAGUUUGGGCUCAUUGCAUCAUCCAUCUAUGUGGGUCUUUCCCGUGUUUCUGAUUAUAAACAUCACUGGAGUGAUGUACUGACUGGACUUAUCCAAGGAGCAUUGGUAGCUAUACUUAUUGCUGUGUUUGCAUCUGAUUUCUUCAAAGAGAGAGGCCGUGCGUUCAAACAGAAGGAAGAAGAGGAUUCACACACAACUUUACACGAGACACCUACCAAUGGGAAUCACUAUGGUAGUAAUCACCAGCCAUGAUAGAUUCAAGAGCUAUUAGCCUGUGGAAUCUCGAAAAGGAAAAAUUCACCCGUCUUUCUUGGCCUAUGUACAAAAAUAAAUUAAAUGCCUUUUGAAGGGA